GGAGCCUGCGGGAGCGACAAGAUGGCGGACGGUGACGGCUUGGGUGAAGCAGCAACUGCUGCGGCAUCUCCUCCUGCACCUGCUCCCGGCCUGAGCCUGUCGCUGGGCUGGAGGGAGCGGCUGCGGGCCGGGCUGGCGGGGACUGGGGCCUCCCUGUGGUUCGUGGCGGGGCUGGGACUGCUUUACGCUCUGAGGGUCCCGCUGAGGCUGUGUGAGAAUUUGGCUGCGGUGACAGUAUUUUUAAAUUCACUGACACCCAAAUUCUAUGUGGCACUUACAGGAACAUCUUCUUUGAUAUCAGGACUAAUAUUUAUAUUUGAAUGGUGGUACUUCCAUAAGCACGGCACAUCUUUUAUUGAACAAGUGUCCGUGAGCCAUUUGCGGCCACUGAUGGGAGGAACAGAAAGCAGCGUCUCAGAGCCAGGUUCUUCUAGCACCAGAGAAAAUGAAACCAGCAGACAGAAUUUGUCAGAAUGCAAGGUGUGGAGAAACCCUCUAAAUCUUUUCAGAGGAGCAGAAUAUAGGAGAUACACUUGGGUGACUGGUAAAGAGCCACUUACAUACUGUGAUAUGAAUUUGUCAGCUCAGGACCAUCAGACCUUUUUCACCUGUGACACAGACUUUUUACGUCCUUCAGACACAGUUAUGCAGAAGGCAUGGAGGGAAAGAAAUCCUCCAGCUCGAAUCAAAGCAGCCUAUCAAGCUUUAGAAUUAAACAAUGACUGUGCCACUGCAUACGUUCUACUGGCUGAGGAAGAAGCAACAACUAUUGUAGAUGCUGAAAGGUUAUUUAAACAGGCACUCAAGGCAGGAGAAACAAUUUACAGGCGGUCACAGCAGUGCCAGCACCAAAGUCCUCAGCAUGAAGCUCAACUGAGAAGAGAUACCAAUGUACUGGUAUAUAUUAAGAGAAGAUUAGCAAUGUGUGCAAGAAAAUUAGGAAGAAUAAGAGAAGCAGUAAAAAUAAUGAGAGAUCUGAUGAAAGAAUUUCCUCCUCUUACCAUGUUGAACAUCCAUGAGAAUCUCCUAGAAUCACUUUUAGAAUUACAGGCCUAUGCAGAUGUUCAGGCAGUCCUAGCAAAAUAUGAUGAUAUAAGCCUUCCAAAGUCGGCAGCAAUCUGUUACACCGCAGCACUAUUGAAGACAAGGACUGUUUCAGAUAAAUUCUCUCCUGAAACAGCUUCCAGAAGAGGGCUAAGCACAGCAGAAAUUAAUGCUGUGGAAGCAAUUCAUAGAGCUGUGGAAUUUAAUCCUCAUGUUCCAAAAUACUUACUAGAGAUGAAAAGUCUAAUUUUACCUCCAGAACACAUUCUGAAACGGGGUGAUAGUGAAGCAAUCGCCUAUGCUUUCUUCCAUCUUCAGCACUGGAAGAGAAUAGAAGGUGCUCUUAAUCUGUUACAGUGUACAUGGGAAGGCACUUUUAGAAUGAUUCCAUAUCCAUUAGAGAAAGGCCAUCUAUUUUAUCCUUAUCCCAGCUGCACAGAGAUUGCUGAUAGAGAGCUAUUACCUAGCUUUCAUCAUGUUUCUGUUUACCCAAAGAAGGAGCUUCCUUUUUUCAUCCAUUUCACAGCCGGACUGUGUUCUUCUACAGCAAUGAUAGCUCUUCUCACACACGAGUUUCCUGAAAUCAUGGGUGUUUUUGCUAAAGCUGUAAGUAUGAUCUCAAGGACUUGCGUAGAGUAUUUGUAAAACACACAAGAAACCAUCUCUGAUCUGUUUGUGCUAAACCAGUUGAUCAGAUGUUUGUUAUAGUAAAUUACAGGAAUUGAUUUGUAAAGUUGCUGCCAUAAAUAUGUCAAACAUAAGUUUUUGGUGACUUGAGCUAUAUUUUUGUUGCUUAAAAGUUUAAAGAAUACAAUGGCAUAGCAUGAUAAAGUUGGUCUUUAUAGAUCACUUUUGGUGGUAAACAUAGCACUUGUUACUAGCUGAGGAAUAACCCAACUCUUAAAUGCUUUCUUUUUAGCAUUUUUAAAAAAUUCCCUAUUUCGGAAACAAUUGCCCAUUUCGAUUUUUCCAUUUAAAUGAAAUCAUUAUUUAGGUAAGGUUUGAUGAUGGAGAAUGAGUAGGUAAGAUGGGACAGAUGGAACAUUCGCCCUGGGUACAGAAUGUGCUUCUUUACUCAAAGCUUCUCACUGUUGUAUCUGCAUGUUCUUAAUUGACCUUCCCCAACAUUGGGUGUAGAACCAUGGAUAGCCUUUUUAUUUUCAUUUGUAUCCUUUAAUUUGAACUACUUCCCCAUUUCCCGAGCCAGGUCCAGAAGGUACUUGAGGACUGAUAUUAGGGAGACUAUCCCAUGAUUAUUUACUCCUCUACACAAACUUAGUAAUUAAUGUCACUGGCUCAAAGUAAAAUUACCAAAGAGAAGUCCGUUUAAAUUGCUAAGCCUUUAAAAAAUGGGUCUUUCUUACACAUCUUCACAUUUUUACCAGGUAACAAUAGUUCAGACCCAAAAGGAAAAUGCUAAUUCAUUUUAGUCCCGAAUCAAAAAGCAUUGAGAACUGUAGAAACACCGGCCCUUACUCAGCAAUGUCAUUUCUAUAUUUUUUUCUGUGUGUCUCCGUUCUAACUCCCUGUUUCCUCACAAUUUCUUUUUCUGCCUUAAGAACAGUUUAUUGUGUGCCUUAAAGAUUAGUUGGUUUUCUUCUGACACCAGGAGUAAAAGCACUGGUUUCCCUUUUUCCCUGAAGGUCAACUGUAUAAUGUGUUAAGUUGCCACUGGCUGUAGGCCUAGCAGUCUGCGACUGCACUUGAUUCUGGGUCAGUCUUCAAGGAGAAUGACUUUCCCCUGUUGUUCAGGGAGUAUAGAUAUUUGGGUUGGAAACUGACCGUUUCCUUUUAGUGUAAAAGGGAAGUGUAGUGAUCAUACCGUGUAACUGUUGUUCGCAGUGGUGCUGACUGGGGAGUGAGUGCAUCUGAAACUGAGAUGACCUUACUGUGUACUCUGGCAUGGAAAAAAAUUGACUGGAAAGGGAAUCCCGUCCAUUUAACAACUGGAAAAAUAUAUGCAGCUGUGUAUUUGAGAUCACAGGCAAGCAGUAGGAGAGAUGGUCCUUGGGGUUCUCUCAGGGCAUUGGAAGGGAGGUAAAAUCGAGUAAGGAGAGAGAUUUAGAAUCUGGAAUCAAUAUGUAGCAAUUGUUAGUAGUAUACCUCCAUGAGAUACUGGCUCAGAUUAAUGCAGAGUGUAUUCACUGUCCACUUUGUCCAUCAGUGUUAGUACGUAGUGUCCGUCUUUACCUGAGACAUGGCUAAUGCCCCAGAAGAGCCGUUACGAGUACAUAGCACGAGCUCCUUAGCAUUCCUCCAGCAGAGUCUGAGAAUGAAUAAUUAUACAUUUUAAAGUGGAAGCUUCUUUUUUAGACCAAAAGUUAUUAAUUUACUGUGAUUCUAGUUAAUGAACAGUAAAUAGGCACUUAUUUACCGUCCUUUGAUAUUUGUAUAGUUGGUGGUAUAUAGUUAAAAAUGUGCCUCACAGCAAACUUUUAUAGCCACAUUUUAUCCGGUGGCCUUUACAUGUACAUUUUUAGUUCCUAAAAGCUAACUAUUUACUCAAGGUACCUGCAGACCAGUAUUUGGCAUGCAGCAGUACCAAAAGGAGGUUCCAUUGAAGAAUUUGUGGAAACUGAUUACAUACAGGCCAUCUCCAGCUUACACACAUAACGUAUAAAUGCCUGCCAGCCAGCCAGCAAGGGAGCCAGAGGCUCAAAUUCUGUUUCUUCCCCUACUUACUCAGUGGUCUAUGCAGUAGGAGCUCCGCCAUCACCCAGGAGCUUGUUAGAAAGGCAGAGAACCUCAGGCGCCACUCCAAACUUCUGAAUCUGCAUUUGAACAAGACCCCCGGGUGAUCGUAUAUGCACGUUUAAAACUUGAGAAGCCCUGCUCCCGCAAUAGGAGGAAUUUAGAUGGCCUGGAUAGUGCCACCUCUUCCAGGUGGGGAAGGGGCAGCGUUCCAGAGUGGCAGUGAGCAUAGGCUCUGGAGUCAGACUGCUUUUCUUUGAGUUCCAGCCCUGACACUUCCUGGCUGUGCAACCUCAGGUAAGUUACUUAACCAUUUCUCCUCCUCAUUGUAAAAGGAGAAUAGUACUACCUCAUAGGCCUUUGUGAGGGUCAAAUGAGUUUAAAAUAUGACAGGUGUUUAGAACCGUGUCUGUCCACAGUAGAAACUAGGGAAGUGUUACUCUUGUCACCACCCGUCAUUGUCAUCAUUAUCACCAAAGUGCAGCUGUGAUGAGAAAUCCUAACCCUGUCAUGUUGGGAGGAGCUGUGUCCUGAUAGUAAACUCAAAAUGUAUUUGCCCAUAGAAACUGCAGUAUAAAUGGUGGCUAGGUGUCAUUUAAACAAUACUGCUGGUACAUUAUGUGUAUUUGUACCACCAAAAGUGGAGAAAUGUUUCAGAUUCUAGGCGCUGGCAAACUGCCUGGUAGAACAUCAAGUACCGGUACACUGCAAACUGCCUAUGUUAGGCUUUUCAAUUAGGUCAGAGAUUUGAUAGCCUAAUACAGUGCAGAUCAAUCUAUUUAGUAAGGUAAAGCAAUUGAAGAACAUUUCCUGAAUUUUUUCCAUUGUUAUCACGGUCUCUUCCUCAUCCAAUAUAUUUUUGUAUUAGUUCAUAUGCUAGAGUAAAUUUAAUUUGAAUCUGUUAAAAUCCGUUUGUUACAAAAAUUGCUUUUUUGUGAAGCAAGGCACUAGAGAUUAAUGACUUUUCAUAAUCCUCACUGUACCUCAGAUUGAGAUAAAUGAAAGGGUAGGAACUAGAAUGGUUAGUGGUCUUAGUGCCCCAUCUUUUGCAUGAUACGGAGCUGUGUGGAAUAAGACUUUAGUUUCAGCAAGUUAGGACUUUCUUGAUUUUUCUUCUGGCUGAGAUGAAAACCAAGUCUGACAUUCUACAUAGAGCAAUAAAAAAAAAAAAAUUGCAUAAAUCCCUGGAGAUGUGGAAUGUGCUGAUAUCAGAGCUGAUAUUCUCCAAGGCCAGAAUUCCUGAAAAAGGAAAAAUUGCUUUUAAGUGGUAGGUCAUUUUCUCACCUGCUUUGAAGCCUGCUGGGUUAAAUAUGAGAGUUCAAAGUAAGGGUAGCCAGCAAACCAAAUGAACUGGAAUCUGAUUCUGCUUAUCUGAAAGGAGCUUCUUUAUUUAAGAGCAGCACUGCCCUCUCCUUAGAGAACCAAUCUUCAUCUAGCCUGGCCCCUUUCAUUUCUCUCCUGCAAGAAAAGCUUUCUUCUUAGUAAGCCUUGGGAGGGCGUUAUCACAGCAGUGAAGACUACAGAUGGUCUUUGGGGGUUUCACUGACUUACUGAUGAAUUCAGGCUUGUGGCACGUGACUUUAGUACUUCGAAUUCAGAAGUUUGUGUAUAAAAAUCCCUAGUUGGGUUUUAAUGAAAUAGGAUAGAUAGCCUUUGCAACCUGGCAGAAAAAGGUGUUAAUGGUUAAAGACAGGAAUCAGAAAGAUUCCCAAAUAAAUAGUUUGUUUCACUAAAGCAAAACUUUGUUGAAAUCUGUUUCACUGAACACACACUGUAGCCGUGCUGAGGUGGGAAUGGGCCCUGUUUCCACAUAUUUUUACUAAUCUUUAUGUGGGAAAAUGCGGUUGGACAUGCCAGUGAUGAAUUUCUGAGCAACUCAUAAUUGGCUGGCUCCACUGUAACAAGGGCCUAACAAUCUGCUUGAUUAAUUCUUUAAGGACUGCAUUAGCCAAGUUGUAUGAUUUCCAAAGAUAUAGAAGGUCAGAUGUUAUACUAACAAAAGACCUUUCUACAGAAUGUCCCACUGGGAUUUCUUCAGCCCCUUCCCAAAAAUAAUUAACAUUUUUCUCCCCAAAUUACAUUUUAAAAAAUAAUAAGCAGAAAUAAAUGCCAAGUGUGUUUUACUGAAUAGUGAUCAAAACUUCUGAGGUUUGUACACUAUUCUCAUCAGUUUUUUUUCAGGGCAAAGAUUGUCUUCAUCCCUAGGGGAGUUGAUAGGUAAUUAUAGCUUUAUAUUGAUACAUACCAGUAGAAAAAAUAUAUUAUUUCUAAGGGUUCCUGAUUUUCCAUUGUCAUAACCAGUGACAUGAAACCUGUUCAUAGGCGAAAGUGAUUUUUUUAUAUUCUCCAUCCUAUUUCAUUCAUGCUAAAAACCGAUGAUAGUUGUAUCACUCUUUAUUAAAUACAUGGGGCCACGUUCAGCAAUUCAACCAAGAAGUAAAACAAGUUUCUUUCCUUUGUUUGAAAAUGGAUUACUUUUCAAAGCUGUGAGACUUCCUUAGUUCCUAAGAACUGGCAUAGUUUUUAAACCAUUUUGAAUUGUAACCAAGCUUAUAUUCCCAUAAAAUAUUGUUCUGUAACCAUGCUAUUUCCUCAGCAAUAUAUCUGAGGUAUUUCCCUGAGAUUAUACUGAUAAUAAAAGGAGCCCAUUAUGUGACAGGUCAAAAAAUUUUAAAUGUUUACAUUUUUGUUCCCUUGUUAGUGCCACUGAAUUCAUCUUUAUUUGGUCAGUCUAGCAUAGUCCAGUUAUGAUUUUCUUAAUUAAUUGGGAUAUUUCCAUUAAGGGCAUUUCUCAUGCUUCAUUCUCAUUGUUCUCCUUCAAAAAGAACCAGACUGAGAAGUUUGUGAUAUUGCUGUUGUUCUUCUCUAUCCAUAUUUCCUGAGUACUAAACUCUUCUUUCAAAGAAGGGGAAAAAGAAUAAAAGUUAAGACAGUGUACUUUUUAACACAUGUUUAUACCCCUUCCCCGGGAUUUCCUUCAAUUUCAAAGUUUGUGGAAAGCACCCUCUUUUCCUAUUAACAUGUGCCUGUCAAGUAAGAAGUAGACAAAAGCUUUCCUUCCCUGAAUUUAUUUGGCAGUAUAUUUAAUCAUCCUUUCCCCCUCAAAGCAGACGUCUCAGUGCCAAAGUUUAGGACAUCUUGUCACUAACUGCUACUGAUAUAUUGAUUGCUUAAUCAUUAACACUUGGGGCAAAUGGAUUGCAUAGCAGUUUUCAGAAGAGUGGUGCUUAGAUAUUGAUGUCGGUUGCUUACUCUAAACCCAUCACAUGAGUGACACUAGAAUUCACAUUAGGAAACCUACUGAUUUUUCUUUUAGAAAACAUCUUUGUUUUUUGCAGACCCAGCAAAUCCUCUAAAUGGAGAGAAUAAUGGGAUACAGAAUAAAAGUAUAAUCUUGAGGAAUAGUUUUUAUUGGCUUCUUUCUUGAGUCGAACUUUGCUCCUUCUUCCACCAAUCAAAUUUCUAAUGCUCAAGAGAACUAAAUUUGUAUGACUACUUAAUAUAUUACUAUUCUAAACCAGGAGUAAUUUAGAUUUCAGUUUGUUAUUAUCUUUGUUCUUAAGAGCGUAUACUUAGACUCUCAUUUAUUCUUACCCACGCCAUUGGAGGACAGAUUGUGGUUUUCCAAUGUUUUAGAUGGGGAAGUUUGAGUCAUUCAAGUUAAGUGAUUUGCUUGAAAUCACACAAUAGAUAGCCUUUUAGUCAUGAUAUAUAUGUUUGGUUUCAAUAAUAUGUCAGUUCACAACUUAGGCCAAAACAAGUAUAAAAGAAUACAUUUCAAACAAAAUAUAGUAAUGCUGAGGGGAUAUGGAAUGAUGGAGUGGUGAUAGUAAAGUGGUUUUGCUAGAGAAGUCUUCCUGCAGGAGAUGAAUUUAGAGAAGAGUUUUAGAUGAAAAGGCUGAUAUGGAUUUUGAGAAAAUAGAAAGGACACUUAGGUUGCAGAAAUGCUUAUUGCAAAAACAAAAACAUCAGUAGGCAAACUGCCUGGAGAGCUCUCCACUCAUCACAACAUAAGCCUAUUUGAUGAACUCUGAUGCUUUAAAGAAUGCCCAUUUCCUUUUUUUGUCUUUCAAAUUGGUUCACUUUAAUUUCAUUCCUUUUCUUGCUAGUAAGCCACUUAAGAACGAAGAACACUGUUUGGUCAUUUCCAUCACAUACCCAGACAACGGUAUAAAAAAACUUCAGCCUAUCUAACUCUCUGAAAUAUACGGUAAUACUAAAGAAACAGGAGGCACUGGUUUGUAAUGAUUCAGAGGGAAUUUGAUCGACUCUCUGAAAUGGUAAAAAAAAAGAAAAUUUAAUGUAAAGUACAAAUGUAUACCCUAUGUUUCAAUAUCACUCUUCUUUCAAAAUCAGAGGGUAAGUCUGUGAAGGAUUAUCUGGAGAAGUUUAACUGAACAGAAUAAGCUUUUGGUCUAAAAUAUAACUUGUGAAUAUUUUCUGGCUAACAUGAGAAUUUUAGGUAGAGAUGUACUUCUAGUAGUUGUAUGAGUAGGUAGGAAACUUAGAUGUGUUUCUUAAUGCUGAUGAGGACUUGAUACAAGAUUGGCUAUUAAUAGUAUUCUUUCUGAGGGUCGCCUGGGUGACUCAGUCGUUAAGUGUCGGCCUUCAGCUCAGGGCCUGAUCCCAGGGUCCUGGAAUCGAGCCCCGCAUCGGGCUCCCUGCUCCGCUGGGAG